GGAACGCCCAGUAUAGCUGGUCCUACCAUUGCUUACCAAGAAGGCGCACUGCACCGACAAUGCGUGGCGAUAAGUUAAAACUGACUAUUGAAUUAACGUGAGGUCCAUGGUCACAAUGCUUUGCAACCUGGAACGAUGACACAAGAAAGCUCCAAGAAUUGGCACAACUGAGUAUAUAACACUCAGUACCAACUUCCUCUGGCAUCCCAUGAUGCUUGGGCUACAGGAAACAAGACCAGCUGGGAUGUCCUCUACUAAAUCAUACAGCUGUGUGGCAUGCUCAGCCACGUUUCAUGGUUUAGCAUCACUCUUGGUACAUCAAGCAUCUCAUGCCAGUGAAGUUUCUAGUCCACUAGGAUCUACAUCACCUGUUUGCAGUCACUGUGGUGGAUUAUUUGCAAGCAAAGAACUUCUUGAAACACACCGCUGCAUGCUGUUACCCCCUCCUGUAACUCAAGAUUUACACAUAUGUGAAUGUGGGGAAGGGUUUCAGGAAAUAGGUGCUAUUCAGGAGCAUAAAAAGAUGCACGAAAUGAAAACUUCAGAUAAUGAUUCUUGUAUAAAAAUUGAAGUUAUGCGUGAUGGCAGCCACUCUGCUCCAGUUUGUCCUUCUGAGAGCUCAACUUCCUGUGGUAAUGAGGAGUCACUUCAUAAAAACCCAGAGACACUUUCUGAAAUUGAGAAAAAAGAUUGUAUAUCUACAUCAGAUGUAGCUCCUAUACAGAAUCUCAUCUCACGAAGACAUCAUGAUGGGUUGCUACCAACACAUGUAUCUAGUCCUAUGAUGUCCACAGAAGCACAUAGUGAUUCCUUUAAAAAUAAAGCUAAGCUUGUGGAAAAUGAAAAUCUGAGUAGUUCUGACAGUGAAGAAUCACCAGCCCAGUCACCAGUAACAAAUAGGAAAACUCUUCUUAAAAUUCUCGCUUCUGCCUACAUGAGCCGUAGACAGCCAGCCCAAAUUAAUUGGGGCCAAAAUAAGAGGGCCCUGCCCCCUCGAAAAGUUUCACCUAGGGCACCUGUACAAUCUCCAGAGGCUAUGUCAGCAUCAAACCCUGAGUGCGCUGUUAAUGAGUUAAGACAAAAGGUUGCAAAAUAUGUCCCCAGUCGAGAUGGUUGCCUACUCUCAGACAGGACCUUCUCAAACAAAAGCAGUGUUGUAUCUGUGACCAAGUCUUUGUGUCCUGUGGUGGCGCUUGAGACUCGUCAAAAGCUUUACAGGGACAAUGUUGAAGGUAGAUAUCAGUGUGGGAUCUGUCGCAGGGUUUUUCAAAACAAGGACAGCUUAAUAAUGCAUCAUGCCUUGCAUCGGAAGGAAAGGGUAAAAUUUUGUCGCCGUUGCCAGCAAUUUGUCAUCAGUGUAAUUUCUGUUCCUGAUGGCCAUAUCUGUUCUGGCUAUGCUGAAACAGCCAACUCUUUUCUCGCAAGAAUGUAUCCACGUAAAUUAUUCACCUGUCAAUUGUGUAAGCGGAGCUAUACAAGGCGCCACAGGCUUAAAACGCAUAAAUGUCAGUGGUUAGCUGCUUCUGCCCGAAAAGAUGCUACGUACUACAAUAUUGGAGGGAGGCCUAAUGCAAGAGAACAACACUUGUUGGUGAGGAACUCAACAGGCUAUGUAAAUGUUGCUGUGAACACCGAGGGUAUUAACUCUAUCAAGACUGAAGAAAGUGCAGAGUCUCCAGUGGGGGAAAAAUUUCAGAUGAACACUAACUCAUUUAAGUCUGACACGUCGCCCAAAAGUUUCCCACCGUUUCUUCCCAGUAAAUCUAAACUUGCAUUAGUGGAGUCAAAGGAAAAUGUUAAUGAAACAUUGAAAAGAGAAGAAUCCAUUAACUCGUCCUCUGAAUCUGAAGACAGGGUGGACAGUAACACAGAAGGUGGUGAAUUGUUAGAAAGAGGCCAGUGGACUAUACCACUGGAUGAUGCUGAAAUUGAUGUGCUGACUGAUGAAGAAAAUUGCAAUAAUUUAGAGGAGGCAACCAAGGAAAACACUGAUGAUGAAGUCAUUAUUUUAGAACCAUCUGUUAAUUGUGGAACAACAAAUUCAACACCUUCAACAAGUAAAGAUUUUCAAGUGCAUGUUUCUGAUAGUGGAAUAAGGCGUUUUUCCUGCAACAGAUGUCAGAAAAGCUAUUCUAGGCGUUUUACGCUAAAUCAGCACCUUAUGAUUUGUAGAUCAAGAAAAUUAAUGGACCCAAAUUCGGUGAAUAUCCUUGGUGUGAAGAAAAGGUUUCCAUGUCCCCAUUGUGGUUCAUCAUUUACUCGCAAAGAUAAUAUGAAUAUGCACCGAAAGAGAUGCCAAUCCAUGAGAGGUACAAAGACCCUGGAGGGAAAUGGGAUGCUAGAAAAGCAAAAUCAAGCUGCCCCGGGAAAUAUGUUUGUGUUGCCCCCAGUUUCGAAGAGCCCAGUGAGACAGGAGGGCAAUAGUAAUGCUGGGGGUGGAAGCUGGGGCAUUAUGUCAUUACCGUCUGUGCUCCCUCGAAAAGUGACUUGUGAGUGUGGUGCUAGUUUUAAUUGCCCUAGGCUUUUGUUUGAACAUCUGCAAAUGCAUGCACUAGAGUCUUACAUUUGUUCCCAUUGUGGUGAGAAUUUGCAGUCAUGGGCUGAUUUUGAAGCUCAUCAGCAAUUACAUCUGCCAACUUCAAGGCCAAAAACUGAUGACAAAGGGUCACAGCAGCAAUCACAUAUGCAACCUCAGCUUCAACAAGAGCCAAAUAUUCCGAUAUCAUUGCAGAAUUCAAAAGAAGAGACUCAAGCUCAGUUUAAGUCACGUUUCAUCCACCGGCGCCUCACAGGGCCAUAUGUUUGCCACAGGUGUAAAAAGAUCUUUAGAUUACGCAAGUCUUUGCUACGGCACUUAACACGAAGUUGCAAAGGAGAUUCUACAGCUGAAAACAAACACUCUUGUUCCCGCUGUGGCAUGACUUUCCAAAACUCUUUAGCCCAAGAUAUCCACAUGCGUGGAAACACUUGUAUCCCUGCUUUCAAACCUCUUCGUUGCCCAGUGUGUGUACGUUGGUUUAGCAGCCUUGAAGGACUAAAGAGACACUUGCUGUCACAUAGCCAAGAAGAAAGUUUGACUUGUCAGAUUUGUGGUUGCAAGUGCUCAAGCCAUGCUGCACUGGAAGAACAUAAACGCAGUGUCCAUAGCACAAACAAGGAUUCGGAGUCACCUACUGUUCAGUCAGCACAUGUUUCACAAAGCAGCUCAUCAGAUGCCUUUCGCUGCCAGAUAUGUCAACGCAGUUACCCAAAACUCCAAUCCUUGAAAGACCAUCUAAGAAAGGUUCAUAGACCAAAACACCUAAACCCAGUCAGCGUUGGCCAUUUUGAGUCCAAGGAAUUGCACAGCAUCGCACAACAAGGCAUUGUACAGCACAGUCAGUCUAAACAGUUUCAGUGUCACAUUUGUGCUCGCACCUACCAAGAUAUUCAGUCCUUGAAAAAUCACAGGAGGAGGGUUCACCGUAUUCUAGGAGGUGGGCUACCACCUUCAAGAGGAACUCUACAGCAAAGUCAUUCCAAUCCAUUCCAGUGUCAAAUCUGUUCACGCACCUACCCUGACAUAAGGUCACUGAGAAACCACAGGAGGCGAGUUCAUCGUAUCCUGGGUGGUCUGGGUCUUGAAAUAUCAAAGGGGAUUACUCAUCAAAAUCAAGGCAGUCUUUUCAAGUGCCAGAUUUGCCAGCGCAGUUAUCCAGAUAUAGAAGCACUAAAUAACCACAAGAGAAGGGAUCAUUGCAUUUUAAGGGAUGUACUUGAGUCAACAAAAAUGGAUGCCACACACAUGGAACAGUCACAGUCAGAAGUUAUUCAUGUCACAGAUCCCAGUGGGGAUUUUGAGCCUAUUGCGUAACUAAUGGUUUAUGAGCAAUGACAUUUAAGUUUAUAAAUCACACCUACUGUGGGACUUUUUUGUGCACCUAACUUUGUACAAUUUCAGUAGAAUUAAGAAAUGGUUAAAGUAAUAGCUUCAAAAUAAUUUAACUGUAAAUAUGUUGAAUACUUUCUAAGGUUAAUAUUCCUUAGCUGUUUUAAAAUAUUACUCAUUCAGUUGUUCUCAUUUCAGUAGUUGGGUGGUACCACCAGUAGAAAUAAGACCCCAGUAGAUUUUUUUUUAUAUAAUACUCUCUAUUCAAUACCAAUAGAGACAUUCAGCAAAAAAAAAAAAAAUCAGAAA